UCUACCAAUCAUCUGAUACUGCUUAUAUGUUUCUUCUGUAUAAAUACACCUCAGCAGAAUGCUAGACACAUCAAACCAAAAGUUGCUCUUUCUUCUCAUCAUCUCUUCAACCCAAAAACAGAAAAAAGCUUCAGGAUCAGAUAUGGCUUUCCACCUAAGAUCGAUAAGUUUGCCUUCUAGGCCUCACACCACUGAAACUGAAGUCGAGCAAGAGCUCCAGAGCCUAGAGGCAAGCAUCUCUUCCUCCAUGACUAUCAGCACAAUGUGUGAUGGUCUUAGGAGUCUUGGGGACAUCUACAAUGGUGCAGAAGAGAUUAUUUGCCUGCCAAGCAACCAAGUUUGUUCCUCCCAGCAGAGGAAGAUGUUGGAUGGAGAAAUGGAACGUUCUCUCGAGCUGCUGGAUCUCUGCAACACUAUGCAAGAGAUCUUUGUCGAGAUGAAGGCCAUCAUCCAAGAGCUUCAAGUAGCUCUAAGAAAAGGAGAUACCACAUCUGCUCAAGCCAAGAUCCAGUCAUAUACUCGCUUGGCGAAGAAAGCAAAGAAACAGUUCAAGAAGACCCCAGAGAAGGCUAUUUCCCACAUAACAGAGUGCAGGAUGGUCAUGCUAUUGACCAAGGCUAGAGAGAUCUCCAUCUCUCUGCUGAAGUCCACACUCCAUCUCUUGUCGAAGCAUAUCAAAAUGCCAAAACAGUCUCUUGUUUCCAAGGCAUUUCACAAGAAGACUGUUGUUUGCAAGGAGGAGCAAUUGCAGGAGUUAGAGUGCAGUAUCGGAGAUCUUGAGAAUGGAGCAGGACAUCUCUUCAGGAAAUUAGUCCAGAGCAGAGUUUCUCUCCUAAACAUUCUUAGCUCCUAGACACUCCAUGUCUCUCUUGACCACCUACGAUUGGCAUCCAAGUUUUUUAGGAUUAGCUGAUCUUGAUAAGUCCCAUAUGUAUAUAGUACAAAUGUACAGAUAUUAUAGAAGGAAAAACAAAAGUUUUGAUCCA